AGUCAAGUCAUCAGUCGCACACCUCUCCCAGCAACAUCAACAGCAUAAGCAACUUUUGCUUUCUACAAUCCGAGCAAUACUCCCAGCAAUACUCUCAUUAUGAACUUCUAUAAGAUCUUCAUCUUUGUUGCCCUUAUUUUGGCCAUCAGCGUGGGCCAAUCGGAAGCCGGCUGGCUGAAGAAACUGGGCAAGAGACUUGAACGCGUUGGCCAGCACACUAGAGAUGCCACCAUUCAGGUUGUGGGAAUUGCUCAACAGGCCGCCAAUGUCGCAGCGACAGCCCGAGGAUGAAGUUUAUGAUUUAAAAAGCGUCACCUAAGUUGUAAAAUUAUUUAUUUUAAUUGUAGUUUUGACAUAAGUAAAAUAAAAAUACGUUAACAGCAA